GUGAAACUCUCCGGGCCCUCCCGUGGGGGUGGGGCAGAGAACAACUUUCUUGCAAAUCACCUUGACCACCACCUUCAAUGAGUCGCCCAGGUUCCCUGAACACCCCAUCCGGCCCUCGGCCUCCUCCCCAGGCAGGGCGUGGGUGCUAGUGUGCCCUGCCAGGGGUUCUGGGCAGAACUUCAUUGAGCGAGCCCGGCUCUUCCCCCCAUUUUCUCUCUCCCCGGCGGCAGCAGCAGCAGGAAAAGGGAACACGUGAAAGUUGUCUGAGCCCCAGGUGAUGCGCUCCCUUCCCCUUUCUGUCUUUUCCAGGCAGCCUUGCCUUCACCACCCUGACUCGGGAAGAGAAAUAAUCAGGAGAAACUGCCCCUGCUCUGCCCCCACCACACACCUGUCCACCUCAUGCCUGCACCCAGGGUGGGUGAGGGUGAAGCGCCCUCCCGGCCAAGAUGAUCCCUGCUCUGGGCGCUGCUGCUGCUGUCCUCCCCCAGACCCUGGGCCCCAGCCAGUGGGAGAGCGGCCCCCAGCUGAGCCCUACCAGACUGCUGCAGAGGAGGUGAAGAGGGGUGGAGAAGAGGCACCUGCCCGAGACUGGAGCUCCUAGCCGCCCCCUUGUAGGCUUGUGACUGUUUUAGGGAAGAAGGACCUGUUGGUGGCCUUGGCAGGCAGGAAGCUGGACGGUGGCUCUGCCCUGGCACCUAUGCCCCCGCGUCUGGCAGCAGCGUCAUGAGCCAGUUUCAGGUGCCCCUGGCCGUGCAGCCGGAGCUGCCCGGCCUUUAUGACUUUCCUCAGGGCCAGGUAAUGGCAGGGGGCUUCCAGGGGCCUGGGCUCCCGAUGGCUGGGAGUGAGCCUCAACUCCGAGGGGGCGGGGAUGGGCGAAAGAAACGGAAACGGUGUGGCACGUGUGAGCCCUGCCGGCGGCCCGAGAACUGUGGGGCUUGCACCAGUUGCACCAACCGUCGCACACACCAGAUCUGCAAGCUGCGCAAGUGUGAGGUGCUGAAGAAGAAAGCGGGGCUUCUCAAGGAGUGGAAGCAGCAUAUCCUGGUCUGGGCGUCACCGACUCCGUGCCCUGGUUAAAACAGACAUCUGGAUCACAUCUGCAGCUCCCACCCCAGCUUGGGAGAAGUGUCCAGCCCCUUUCUGUUACUGGCGUUGGAGGAGUCGGCAUCCUGCUGGACCAGUGCCGUGGGUCACUUCUGAAAGGGGGUGGGGCAGGGCUGAGCUUUACUCCUGGGCAUGAGAUCUGGUGUGUGGGGGAGAGGAGAACCUGCCCAUCUACUCUGUGAAGCUGGGCUCCAUUCCUCCUGUGAUCAGACCUGGGGGGUGGGGGCCUGAUGUUUAUAGGUUGGAUGUUUCUGGAACCAGUGGUCCUCGUGAACCAUGUUUAAGCUCUUUUUUUUUUGGCAAUGAUGAGGCAUACCUGAGGGAGAGGGGCUGGAGGGAGGCCAGAGUCCCGUCAUCCUGGGUGUGAGCUGCCGGCCUGGGCUGCCGGGCGGUCGGAGUUAAGAUACCGGGGAUCUGGGUUGGCUGAGGCUUAGGACAACCCUGCUGAGAGGUGUCUGCCUCCCUACAGACCUGCCAUGUCGCUGCCCCGCCAGGCCCCCAGGGUCAGGGAAAGUGCGGCCGGUGGCCUGCGGAACCCCAGGGCAGAAGGUCCACGUGCCAGCCCAGGACAGGGUCUCCCAGUUUCUGGAGAAACAAUGGAAAGAUGACAAUGGAGGGAGCUUUUUUUUAAAGCUAAUUUUUUUUUUUUACUUAAAAAGAAGUACUUUGUUUUAAUAAUAGAUCCUUUCUACUUCUUAAUGUUUAAAAUGUGCUUUUUAAAAAUGAAAUCAAGGUGUUGAUAGAAAGUUUAUUUUUUUAAAAGAAGUCUUUACUUAGCAAAGUACAAAAUGACAACUAUUACCUGUCUCCAUAAUUUUUUUAAAAUUUUAUUUUUUAAUCUUCAACCGAGGAUUGAGAGAGAGAAACAUCGAUUUGUUGUUCACAUAUUUAUGGAUUAAUUGGUUGAUUCUUGUAUGUGCCUGGACCAGGGAUCAAAUAAACAACCUUGGCGAAUCAGGACGACGCCCUAACCAACUGAGCUACUUGGUCCGGGCCUGUCUCCAUAUGUCUCUAUUUUAUUGGUCCACGAAGGCCGAAAGCGUGGGAACCACUGCCAGGCUGCGUUGCAUUUAAUGGAUGCACCUCUAGCAGAGCUGCUAUGCCUAGAGGCUCAGCCUGAGUGAAGGAACUCCAGGUGCAGCCCAGCAUUUACCAGGCCCCCAGAACCUUAACCCUUAGAUCUGAGCCGCCACGUAGCAGAGGAACAAGCCCCAGGACUGGGGGAGUUGGGGAAGGAGAGGAUGCGUUCCUGGUAUCUGAGUUUUCUUUGGUUUGGGCUCAGGAAUAUAACGUAAGCAUUUGGCCCAGACUCUUCAGGUGGAACAAGACACAGCAUCCCAGGAGUCUCUUGGGAAUCAGACCAUCUCCUUGCAUCCCUGCUCCCUGGCAUUUCCUCUUCUGGGCACCCUUUCCUCACUUCCAUCCUGUCUCCACCUCCCCCGGCUUCCUUUGAGCUAUCUGUCGACAGCUGCUUUGGAUCGUCCUGUAAGUGGGUAAACGUUAUCUCGGUUUCCCCGGCUUCCUUCCCUGCUCCUCACUCCUCUUCCAGUGGAAGGGUGGGUGGCAGUGCUGCAGAGUCCUUCUAUCAGAAGAGAAGUUCGGCAUUUUAGGACAGCUCCCAGAGUGGGCCCUCCCACCAAGGCCGGCGACUGCUGCUCUGGCUCCUAACAUGCAGUAACGCACCUGAAGGGGUCAUUCCCGUUCCGUCGUCUUCCUUCCUAGUUCCGGGAAGGAUUUAGAUCCCGGACUGAUGCCCAGACCUUUGGACCUCCACAUUCUUUUUACCUGAAUGGUGGCUCAUAGCACGAGACAGCGGGUUAGAAAAGUCAGAUUUGGUGGGUGUGGAGACACAGGGACCUCAGAACCCGCAGCACGCCCUGUGCCGCCUACUCUCCUGAGCACCGGUUUUCUCAUUUGUCAGACAGGGUAACGCUUCUUUGCAGGGUUUGUUGUGAGAAUUGAGAUAAAGUAUGCAUAAUGCCCGGCACGUAGUAGGUCAUCAGCGCAUGGCGACAGUACAGUCCCAGAACAUCUAGAAAAGAAUUAAUCUUUGUGCAUAAACAACUGUGCAUUUGUGAGCCUCUGGGUUGUAACUGUAAAGAUGCAACUCAAAUUAAAUGUUUAU